UGAAGAAGUGAGACUUCGAUGAGGCUCUUCCUCUUUCCUAUGUCAGAACCGAUGAAUAGGGUAAAAAUUACACCUCUUCUUUUGCUUGUCACACAAUGGGUGAAAUAUUCUGAGUGGCAGGAACAGCUAUCUCUCAUACUAUCCUUGCAUUGGUUUUUGUUUAAGCCGUAAAACAUUGCCAGAUUAUGGAAAUGCAGCUCUGAAUAGAAAAUAGAGGACUUUGUUGAAGUACCAAAGUUAAUUUGAUAAACUGAGACCCUGCAUUGUAAAGAGACAUGGAGGCUGUUUUAGAACUGUUGGUGAUCUCAGCAGGAGUGUCUCAUGGCUUGGAAACUUCCUGUGAUGCUAGACAGAAUGGAUCUCAGUGUUAUUGAGCUCUGGGAGGAACUGUCUAUCUCCAGCUGGUGACUGAUGCCACGAGAUAUGAUGCACUCUCAUUUUGGAAAGGCUCAACUGGUGCUAAAACAGAGAUACUGAAAAUGAAGAAGGACAAAUUGGUAAUAAGAGACACCCCCAUUAUAGACAGAGUACACUUCUUUAUAAACAAUGGGACAUUGAGGUUAAAUAACACACGAAGUACAGAUUCUGGUGAAUACCUGCAGGAAACAUUUAAUUCAGCAGGGGUAGCACAAGGGAGCAGAGGACUACAACUGUUCAUCAAAGCUCCAGUGUCCAGUCCUCAGCUGUCCUCUGAGUGUCUGUCCCAUGGAGAGAUGAAGGUGUCCUGCUCCUCUGAGGGGGAUGGUUCCCAGUACAGCUGGACUCUGAAUGGAAAGACACUGAGAGACACUAAGGCCUCUUCUGAUAACGAGACAAACACCAUCACUCUGAAGAAAGGCCUGUCAGGAAAUCUCACCUGUACCGUCAGAAACUACAUCCGCAGUGAUUCUAUCAGCAAGAGAAUCUCACCUUGUCCAGGAGUCAGUGUGUUUGUUUAUUUCCAACUCGCUGAAGUCUUCAUUCUUCUGACAGUCUGUCUGGGAUCAUACUGUUUCUACAAGAAGGAAACCUAUCAUCAUAAAGAAGUAAGCAGAAUGUAUGCAGUCUCAGGUGGAUCAUGGUGGGACUCAGAUGAGGGUGUUAAUGUCCUGAGAGGUGCUAUGGAGACCAACUAGGCUGUGAGAUUACAUGAUGAUGAUUUAAUAUUGCCAAUCAUUGAAAAUAUUUGUUUUCGCUCUUUAAUAAAAGGUUUAAUUAGGCUUUUAUUAUCAUUUAGAAUUUAUACUGAGCUUAUAGUACAGUGUAUUGCAUUGCAGUGUUUUGUUUUAUGUUGCUUGUGACAUACAGUAACCUAAAUGUAUGAUAUUGGGAAGACGUGUUAAAUGGUGAAAGGUAACAAAACGCUUUCCUUCUUAACUUUAUUAUGCUUUAAUAUAGUGUAUUUGUGUGAUUUUGAAUUCAUAGAAAUACAAGCAAGCAACUUUUAAAACAUUCUGGACCUCAUUUUCUAUGAACUAUUACUUUUAAAAAAUCCUGGACAUAAUUUUUCAGAAUCUACCAUUUUUUAAACAUUCUGGACGUCAUUUCUCAUUAUCUACUACUUUUAAAACAUUCUGGACCUCAUUUUAAUAACUUGCCAAAUAAUUAUUACAAAUGAUAACUUUCACAAGCUCUACAUAUUGCUCUGGCUAAACGACACAUAUGUGACUGCUUAAUAAUCAAAAUAAUGAGAAAUGCAUUUUGUGUGUAGUCAUUCAACAGGAGUCAUUUUUAUUUUCAUAGUCUACUGUAGUUGGUACAUAGAGUCUUAACCACAUCCAUCAACAUUAAAUCAUCUGUUGGUUAUUUGAAAAACA